AUGGGAGGCAAACCAUUCAGCGACAAGAUGGGCAACUUCUUCCGCGGCAUAGUGGCGUGCUGCUGCUCUGAGGAUGACGAAGAGGAGGCGAAGCCAACUCUACAGAUUAGCGGACCCACCGACUUCCGACGAGAGGACAUAUCCUUCCCAGGCCUUGACCCAGAAGCCCUCCUGCAAUUACAUCCCAUUGACGGACCACCCAGCCAACAAUGGAUCCGCGAGCAGGCCCGCGCAGAUGCCCACCGCAUGUACGAGACUCUCCAACCGCUUCGGUCCUCGCCAUCCGGCCAGUUUGCCACCCCUCCGUCUUCCGCCCGCGCCACCCUACCCUCUUACGAACAGUUCGUCACACCCCGAACUGCUCCCACUCAGCCAGCUCGCACCGUCUCCGGUAAUCGAGGCUCGCACGCGCUGGAUCGCGUUCGUGCCCACGCUCGCAAAAUCUCGAAUAGUCUCAACAAGCCGCUAGGGUACCAAAGCGUAGGCGGUAGUGCUUUGACUGGUGGACGGAAUCCGUAUGAGAUGCGGGCACUGAUGGAUGCUGGGAGUCGGAGCCAAGUUGAUGUUGGCUUAGGGGGUAGCGGAAAGAUGAGUGGCGAGAGCUUCUCGUUUAGGGGUAGUAAUGAGGGUCGGAAGGUGGGACUGGCGGUAUAG